CCUCUUCUCCGCGGAUUGGCUACCUUCGGAUCCAAUAAACCAGGCCUGAGUCCUACUUCCUGGGAGAGUGAGGUCAGCCUCCGGAGAAGCCGGAAGAGUGCUUUUGCGCGCGCUUCCCAAUGUGUCGGGGCUGCCUGGAGGACCUUGGUGCGCGCCAGGAGGCGGGGGCCCGGGAGGAUACCAUGGGGCAUCGAACUCUAGCUUCUUUCCCGGCACUGUGGGCCUCCAUCCCCUGUCCACGCUCCGAGCUGCGCCUGGACCUAGUUCUGGCUUCUGGACAGUCUUUCCGGUGGAGGGAACAAAACCCCGCGCAUUGGACUGGCGUGCUGGCGAACCAGGUAUGGACACUGACUCAGACUGAGGAGCAGCUCUACUGUACUGUGUACCGAGGCGACAAGGGAUGGGUUGGCAGGCCCACCCCAGAAGAGCUAAAGACUGUGUAUGAGUACUUCCAGCUGGAUGUCAGCCUGGCUCAACUUUAUCACCAUUGGAGUUCCGUGGACCCCCACUUUGAAGAGGUGGCUCAGAAAUUCCAAGGUGUGCGACUCCUGCAACAGGAUCCCAUCGAGUGCCUUUUCUCCUUCAUCUGUUCCUCCAACAACAACAUUGCUCGCAUAACUGGCAUGGUAGAACGACUCUGCGAGGCCUUUGGACCUCGGCUCAUCCAGCUUGAUGAUGUCACCUACCAUGGCUUCCCUAGCCUGCAGGCCCUGGCUGGGCCAGAGGUAGAGGUGCAGCUCAGGACGCUGGGCCUGGGGUACCGUGCCCGCUAUGUGAGUGCCAGUGCCCGAGCCAUCCUAGAAGAACAGGGCGGGCUGCCCUGGCUGCAGCAGCUGCGCAAGGUCCCCUACGAGGAAACCCACAAGGCCCUCUGCACCUUGCCCGGGGUGGGCACCAAGGUGGCUGACUGCAUCUGCUUGAUGGCCCUAGACAAGCCCCAGGCCGUGCCUAUAGAUGUCCACAUGUGGCAGAUCGCCCAGCGUGACUAUAGCUGGCACCCCACCACAUCUCAGGCCAAGGGUCCAAGCCCCCAGGCUAACAAGGAACUGGGAAACUUUUUCCGGAGCCUGUGGGGACCUUAUGCUGGCUGGGCCCAAGCAGUACUCUUCAGUGCUGACCUGCGCCAACCCCACCGAGCUCAGGAGCCACCAGCAAAGCGCAGGAGAUCUACAGACCCAGAAGUCUAGGUGGGGGGCACUGGACAAUGGGGUUCCCAGGUAGUUUUCCCCACUGCUGUCCCCCAUCCCGUCUUGCAUUGGGAAGGGGGCUUCCUGCAACUACCUCAGGGGCCAGGUACUCUGAGAUUCAGUAAUUUGCACAGCAAUUUGGGGUGGGGAUUAUCUGGAGAGACAGAGCUACCUACGUUUUUAUCUCUUCCCUUUAUUACAAGAAAGAACAAUAAAAUAGAAACAUUUGUAUGGAAAAUGCAGUGGAGGAGUGAUAGGGAAAGGGGUGGGGAGGUGGCAGGGCAGGGUAACUCUCCAAUUCAGGGAGGGAAGGGGAGCAGGCUGCCCCAAUGCCUCCCACACAAGGGGUUUGGACCCUGGAUCUGGGGCCCUAGAGCUGUGGGGGCAAUGGAGGGGACAGUUCUGGGCCUGGCUCCACGCAGCCGUCUCGACAGCAGCAGCCAGCCGCAGGCCCUACAUGGGGAGAGAGAACCGAGUUGGCCAUAGCAGACCAUCACUCCAGCCUGACUGCCUCUUCAUGGACCACUCACGCCCUUCCACAGAGGACAGGUCCUCACCCCCAGCUGCCGGUGUCAGCAGCUCCCCGUGGCUCGCUGUUGGUCCCUGCCCCUCCUGGCUGGUGCCCAGCUGGAGCUUCCUCAUGUGCCGCACCACGGCCGUGGCAUUGAACGCUUGCUGUGGGGAGAAGGAGGAGAAGGGACUUCUGAGAGUGGGAUAUCAUGUGACAGGGUCUAGUGGUGGGAUUCUUGCAGUGGUUUUGUUAUUUUCAUUCAGGUGUUACUGGAUGAUCGCCUAAAGCCCCUGAAACCUCUACAGGACUUUAUUAAAUGACACCCAGCCAUAUUA